AUGCCUGAGACCCAUACGGCAGCCGUCCUUGAGGCGAUCGGACAGCCCGUGGUGUUGAAGACGGUCCCUAUUCCAGACGCUAGACCAGGAUCUGCAGUCCUCAAAGUGCUUGCAACGCCGCUCUCCCCAAACACAAAAGACGUCUACGCAGGCCACUUCGGCUCCUGGCCAUUGCGAACGCCAACCAUCCCAGGCUUCGCAACAAUCGGCCGCGUACACAGCGUCGGGCCCGAUGCGACGUCUUUGAAGCCAGGCCAACUGGUGAUGUACGACUUCUGGAUCCCGUCCAGGGACAAUCCAGAUGAUAGCAUCCUGGCCGGAUACAUGGGCGGUGUUUCCCAGCUCGAGGAUACGUGGAAGAACGGCACCCUCGCAGAGUACGCCGAAGCUCCCCUGGAACGAAUUUGGGCUCUCGACGAGGACCUGCUGUGCAAGACCAUGAAGUACAGCUUUGCCGACCUCUCCUAUAUCGGCACGGUCAGUAUCGCAUUGGGCGGUCUGCUCGAGAUUGACGUUCGACCGGGAGACAGCGUGAUUGUUGCCCCGGCCACGGGCACCUUUGGAGGCGCUGCUGUACCGGCUGCUCUCGCGCUCGGCGCGAAAGUCAUCGCCUGCGGACGGAACGAGAAGACGCUCGCCACCAUGACCGACACCUUCGGAGCCUCGGGCCGGUUCCUUACCGUGAAGAUGUCUGGAGACGUCGAACAGGAUACAGCAGCAAUCAAAGCGGCAGUUGGGGGCAAGGGUGCCGACAGAUACGUUGAUUUUGUGCCACCACAGGCAACAGGCUCGAAACACAUCAUGUCGUGUGUUAGCGCCUUGCGACCCCGUGGCCGAGCAGUCCUGAUGGGUCUCAGUCUCGGUAACGUAGAGAUUCCCUAUUCCUUUGUGAUGUUGAAGAACAUCAGGAUUGAGGGUCGCUACAUGUUUGAUAGAUGGCAUGGGGAGCAAGCCAUCAAGUUGGUGGAAACCGGCCAUCUUGUUCUCGGCGAUCGCCCACUGAACGGAGUAAAGAUGGUUGGUUUCAAGCUCCAAGACAUUCAUCAGGCGAUCGACGUAGCGACUGAGCAACGUGGCUGGGGCAGCAUGGUUGUCAUUGAGCCAUGA